GCCUCUCUCUCUCUCUCACACAAGGGUUUUACUUGAGGCUUCUUAAACCCGCGGCCAUGGCUAUGAGGGCAACAACGGCGGCGCACCGUGGUUUGCGGCGGCUAUUCUGCACAAAUUCAGCCUCUUUCCCUUUCAUUCCUUCGCCGCCGUCAGGGGCCUCUCCCGCCCCCGCCAGACAGACGGCUGAACCCAACACCAACCUCUUUGUCUCGGGGCUUAGCAAGCGUACUACUACCGAAAGACUACGAGAAGAAUUCUCGAAGUUUGGUGAAGUUGUCCAUGCGAGGGUGGUAACUGAUCGAGUCUCAGGUUAUUCUAAGGGGUUUGGUUUUGUGAAAUAUGCUACAAUAGAAGACGCUGCUAAGGGCAUUGAAGGCAUGGAUGGCAAGUUUUUGGAUGGUUGGGUUAUAUUUGCAGAGUAUGCAAGACCAAGACCACCACCGCGAGAUUAUGUAAAUAACAAUAAUCCUCAAUAUGGCCGACAGUGAUUCCUGUUUUUUGUCCGAAACAUUCUUGUGUCUCGUUGAACUGGUUUUUCCUUCAAGUAGCAAUUGCUAUUCACAAAGUUUGAGUUACAAAGGUAUGGAUGUUUGGGUGAUCUUAAAUUACCUAUAAAAGUUUUAGAUUAUUGUAUUGGAAGGAUAACCUUCUACGACGUUGUAAUGCAAGAUUUAUCUUUGAUAGCCCUGAACUGCUUGUGGCUAUGGUUACUUCUUAGUAGCUUCAU